GUGGCUCCAUGGUGAAAUCCCCCUGACCCUGCCACCCCCCUCCUCAUCCUCUUCCUCCUUUAAGAGCCCCUUCCCUGCUGACUCCAGAGACAUGUGGUCCAAUUUUAACACAGGCCGAAGGGACUACAGCUCCUCUCUCUACCUCCCUGACCUCUCCCUGACUGAGGGCAGACACAGGUACCCGGGCAAGAGGCCCAACGGGCUAGAUGGGCUGGGCAGCAGGACUGCCUCUGCAUCUAGGGUGGCACCCCCCUCAGGAGAGUACGGGAACGAACCCAGCGGCAGUGCCAGGCUGGGCGGCAGCCCCCACGGUUCCCAUGCCAACGGGAGAAGGAGACACCAGGAGGUUUCCAUAGUGCGUUCCCAACCUUUCAGAGAUUUCCAAGUGCCACCUCCGGAGGGCCCUGACUCACAUUCCUCUCUGCAGGACAGGGACCCCCGCGGGACGCCAAAGGCUGGGACUCCCACCCUGAUUCCCACCAGUCCCCAGCCCUAUGGGGCAGAGAUCCGGGCAGGGAGAGGGGAGCUGCUGGACCCCCUGGGGGGCUCUGUGGCGGAGGCCCAUAUCUACUACUCCCUGAGGUCUGUGUACUCCACCCUGCAGCCCAGCCACCUCAGUCCCCAGGCCCAGGCUCAGCGCUACCCACUGUACAGCCCCUCAGGCAGCUCUCUGUAUGGCCUGAACACCAUGAGGGACUCACAGCACUCAACCCAAGGGCAGCCCAACAGCCACAGCACAGAGAGAGACAGACAGCAAGAACAAGAACGAGAAAGAGAACAUGAAGGAGACAGAGACAUCAGACAGAGAGACAGCAAGAGAGACAGAGAUAAAGACAGCAGGGAGCUCUCCCCUGGGCAGCAGUACUCACGUCCCCUUGCCUCCCCCCUCCUUCCCCACAUGACCGCCUCACCCCCUGCCCCCCACCACAUCCCCCCAGCGCUCCUACCUCACUUUGCCAAGGGUUCUCUAAUUGAGCUGGUGGGGGGUCGUCUGAAGCGUGUGGAGGAGCUGAGGACAGAGGACUUCCUGAGGAGUGCCGACACCUCCCCAGAGUUCCACCUGAGCACCUGCACCGUGCUGCUCAUCGCCCCCAGCAACACACACGGCUUCAACCACCUGCAGGUCCUCCUCACAGACCGCAACACUCAGGAGUUACUGACGGUUCUGGUGGAGUACCCAUUCUUCGUGCGUGACCGUGGCUGGUCUUCCUGCUGUCCCCAGAAAACUUCCCAGCUCUACGGCCUAUCCUGCCGCCAGCUCAGCGAGGGAGACAUCUGCCUGGCCCUCACCCCCUUACACACACCUCGCACACACACACACUCACACACACGCGCAGCCCCCCGGGGCCACCGCACACACACCCGGGCCGGGGCCUGCACACACAGGGAGGAUAUGCCCCCUCCUCCCCCUCCUCCUCCUCUUCCUCAUCCCUCCCCUGCUCUCAUCCCUCCUCCUCUCCCUCCUCCCCCUGCAGACCCCCUCACCCAGGAGCAGCCACGCCCACGCAAGAGGCGAUGGUCUGCCCCCGACCUCCUCCCUUCCACCGGAACUACUGGGAUUGACAAGACCACUGAUUUACCUCACGGCUCCAAGCAGAGGAAGAGGAAGUAGAGCGCACACGCAAGCACAAACACACCCUCCUUGUGUGAGACCACGAGGCAGGGUUGCAGGGAAGGACAAAGAACAGGCAACUUUAAGGGUGUCCACACUGCUGCCCAAAGUAUGAGCCCAUACCUCUCUUCUUCAGCCCUCUGUUCCCAUCUCCCUCUCUCUGCUUAGCACACCUCUGACAGGGGCAGCAGUCUGGGGGGCAGCA